GGCGGCGCUCGGGCCCUCCCGCGGCUCCCGGCCUCGCUCGGCGCCGGCGGUGGGUCGGGGCGGCGGAGGAGCAGGAGGAGGAAGGAGAGGAGCGGGACGCAGAGAAGAAGCGCUGCGAGGAGCCAUGUCCGCGCCCGCCGGGCUGCCGCCGCGGCCCGCAGCCGCCGCCGCCGCGUUUUCUCCGGGCGGGCCCGGCAGCUCCCCGGAGGCCGCGGCCCCUGCGGGCGGCGCGCCGCGCUGCCAGAACGGUCCUAUGCAGAGUCAGAUGCAGUUUCCCUCUGGCUAUGGCUCACAUCUUCCAAGCUACAGUGCGCCUUCAGGACACUAUUCCCAAGUGCCCAAUAAAGCUGCUGCUUCACAUCUGGAUAAUCAGUACAGAGCCAGUUACUACCCUGGUUACUAUUCAGCACCAGCACAAAAUGUUAUGACAUCUGUGGGUAGCAACGUGUUGAAUACACAGGAGUCACAUCAAUUGUACAACAAUACUCCUCCCCAUUCAGGGGGCUCCAGUGACAGACCUGUUCAAGGAGCAGUAUCAUCUGCCUCCUACUUGCAUGUGAGUGCUCAGCAGUCAUAUUCAGCUUUUGAUAAUCACUACAGCACUUCUGUCAGCUCUUCAGUUGCAUCUCAGGGAUUUCCCCUUAAUUCUGAUCAGUACGCUAUGCCUGUGGUUUCUGGUGCCAUGUAUCCUAAUGUUUCCUAUCCUCCUGUGGCUGCUGGAGGUGUGUAUGGGCAGACAUUUACCUCUCAGAGUCUACCUGCUGUUGGACAGUUCAAAGAGACAGAUGCAUUUUCUAGCCAGAGUACAUCAGUACCUCAUUCUCUUCAACAGCACGUUCCCAUGGGAUAUAAUACAACGUUAUCAACUGUUUCAUCUGCUCAGGUUGUGCAAGACAACCUCAGCAGGAAUCUCACCGGAUCUGUUCCUAAAGUAAACAACCAAAUAAAUACAGGUGGCAUUGACUCUUCAAAGCCUGUGCACUCAGUGAGCCAGAAUGUUCCAUUUACCAAGCCUGGAGUUGGAACAUCUGCUUCCUCUGCUGUGAUGUCCUCAGUAAGGUCACCUGCUCCAAGCCUGUCUUCAAAGCCACCAUCUUCACCAUCUGUUACACAGUCACGAGAGCUGGCCCUUCAGGAAGGCAUGCAGUAUGGUGGAUAUGUUAAUAAUCAAGCUAGCUCUGCACCAGCUCCCUUGUCAUCAAGUUCAGAUGAUGAGGAAGAGGAUGAGGAGGAUGAGGAAGCAGCACUUGAUAGUUCCUCUACUACAAGCAGUGCCUCUCCUGUUCUGAACAAUUAUGAUGCUCUGGAAGGAGGUGGCUAUCCAGAGACACGUUCUGUGACUGGCAGUCCAGUUCCCUCUCCAUCAGUCGUCCAAACAUCAAAAGCUUCUAAGCCCUUUGGUUAUGGAUAUCCAGCACUGCAGCCAGGCUACCAAAAUGCAACACCACCUACUCCUGUGCAGCCCAGUAAUCCAGGACACCAUUCUGGUUUUCAGCACUAUGCACAGCAAUAUCCAGGUGUGAACCAGCUGUCCUCUUCCUUAGGAGGAUUAAGUCUACAGCAUUCUCAGCAGCCAGAAAGCUUGAGACCAGUAAACCUUACACAUGAUAGAAAUAUUUUACCGGUAUCUUCAGUUCCAGCACCUGUGCCUAACUUGAAUUCUGAUCUUAGGAAAUUAAACUGCAGUCCAGACUCAUUUCGAUGUACAUUGACAAAUAUUCCACAGACACAGGCUUUGUUAAACAAAGCUAAGCUUCCUUUGGGUUUGUUGCUUCAUCCCUUCAGGGAUCUGACGCAAUUGCCAGUGAUAACAUCAAGUACAAUAGUGAGAUGCAGAUCCUGCAGGACGUACAUCAACCCUUUUGUUUCUUUCAUCGAUCAAAGGCGGUGGAAAUGCAACCUGUGCUAUAGAGUUAAUGAUGUUCCUGAAGAAUUUAUGUAUAAUCCUCUGACACGGUCUUAUGGAGAGCCUCACAAACGGCCAGAGGUGCAAAAUUCUACAGUGGAAUUCAUUGCUUCUUCAGACUAUAUGCUUCGUCCUCCUCAGCCUGCGGUAUAUUUAUUUGUUUUAGAUGUGUCUCAUAAUGCAGUGGAGUCUGGAUAUUUGACAAUACUCUGCCAGUCAUUGCUGGAAAACCUAGACAAGCUGCCUGGAGAUUCAAGAACAAGAAUAGGGUUCAUAACGUUUGACAGCACUGUUCAGUUUUACAACUUGCAAGAAGGUUUAUCACAGCCUCAGAUGCUGAUUGUCUCAGAUAUUGAUGAUAUUUUCCUACCUACACCAGAUAGUUUACUUGUAAAUCUCCAUGAAAGCAAAGAGCUGAUAAAAGAUCUAUUGAAUGCAUUACCAAAUAUGUUCACCAAUACAAGAGAAACACACAGUGCAUUGGGCCCUGCUCUUCAGGCUGCAUUUAAACUGAUGUCUCCAACGGGUGGUCGGAUCUCUGUGUUUCAAACACAGUUACCGUCUUUGGGAGCAGGGCUUUUGCAUUCCAGAGAGGAUCCCAAUCAAAGGUCAAGCACAAAGGUGGUCCAGCAUCUUGGUCCAGCAACAGACUUUUAUAAGAAGUUGGCAUUGGACUGCUCUGGCCAGCAGACUGCUGUGGAUUUAUUUCUCUUAAGUUCACAAUAUUCUGAUCUAGCUUCUCUUGCUUGCAUGUCCAAGUAUUCUGCUGGAUGCAUCUAUUACUACCCAUCUUUCCAUCACAGCCAUAAUCCUGCUCAGGCUGAAAAGUUGCAAAAAGACCUGAAAAGAUACCUGACAAGAAAGAUUGGAUUUGAAGCAGUUAUGCGCAUAAGAUGUACAAAAGGUCUUUCAAUACACACUUUCCAUGGGAAUUUUUUUGUACGAUCUACUGAUUUACUGUCCCUUGCCAAUGUCAAUCCUGAUGCUGGAUUUGCAGUACAAAUGUCCAUAGAGGAAAGUCUGACUGACACAUCUUUAGUUUGUUUUCAAACAGCUCUUUUGUAUACUUCCAGUAAAGGUGAGCGUCGAAUUCGAGUGCACACACUUUGCUUGCCUGUAGUGAGUUCCCUGACUGAUGUGUAUGCAGGAGCAGAUGUACAAGCAGUUGUGUGCCUCUUAGCAAACAUGGCUGUGGAUCGCUCAGUUUCAUCCAGCCUUGCAGAUGCAAGAGAUGCCUUAGUCAAUGCCGUGGUGGACUCCUUGUCAGCAUACAUGUCAACUGCCUCAAAUCUGCAGCAGUCCAUGCUGAUAGCACCAAAUUCCCUCAAGCUUUUCCCACUCUAUAUCUUGGCUCUUCUCAAACAGAAAGCCUUCAGAACAGGCACAAGUACACGCUUGGAUGAUCGUGUCUAUGCAAUGUGCCAGAUGAAGAGCCAGCCUCUUGUUCAUUUGAUGAAGAUGAUACAUCCCAACUUGUACAGAAUAGACAAGUUGACUGAUGAGAGUACAAUACAUGUAAAUGACAGAGUUGUUCCUCAGCCACCUCUUCAGAAGUUGUCUGCAGAGAAGUUGACAAGAGAAGGAGCUUUUCUUAUGGAUUGUGGUUCAAUUUUUUACCUUUGGAUUGGAAAAAACUGUGAUAACAACUUCAUAAAAGAUGUCCUUGGAUACCCAAAUUAUGCGUCAGUGCCACAGAAAAUGACACAGCUUCCUGAGGUGGAUGCACCUUCUUCAGAAAGGACACGAUCUUUUAUAUCUUGGCUUAGAGAUAGUAGACCUUUAAGUCCAGUUCUUCAAGUAAUAAAAGAUGAGAACCCUGCCAAAACAGAUUUUUUUCAGCAUUUAAUUGAGGAUCGGACAGAAGCAGCUUUCUCGUAUUAUGAAUUCCUACUUAAUAUUCAACAGCAGAUUUGUAAGUGACCAAGGAAUAGGUAGAGGAAAGAGUCUGACUUCAGACAGAAGCAUGGGCCAAGAGAACCAUAUGGGAAGUUACAGAAGUGGAUGCUUGUCCUUCACAAUAUACAGUGGCCAGCACUGUUUUGGAAGCUUUACAGCUAAAGGAGUAUACAUUUCCAAAAGAAUUUUGCAGAUUACCUUCAGUCUAAAAGUGCUACAAGUGGUGAAGCUGUUUCACUAGUAAACUUUAAAAUUGGUUUGUACACAUUUCCAGUUGUGCAGCGGUAUGGUGCUCUGUUUGUUGCAAGCUGGUGAAUUUAUGUAGCUAUGUGGGAUGAUAUUUCUUAACAAAAUGUACAAUUAGGUAAAGCCUUUUUUCUUACAUUUGUCAUAGUAGCCCUUCCAAAUCCAAAUCCUUAACAGAGAUGUCAAAAGGGCAGUGAUGUAUGUUGGUUGUUUAUAUGAAUUUCUUUUUAAAAGGAAUGGUUCAUACUUGCUAAAGACUUCAGCAGAUUCCCUGUGAAAGUUGUAGAGUUUCAGUAAAGUAAAUCAAUUGUAGAAAUAAAAUAUAUAAUGUACAUAGGUAUUACAUUUGUAAAGAAAAUGUAAAAAAUGUAACUAAAAAAAGACCUAGCUCAUUGUGCAGAAUUGUUGAGUGCUCGAUGAUGAUGAAUUGUUUUGUCCCAGGCUAGAUAAUGAAGUUGACUAUUAAAACAUGAUAAAAUUAUCAAUGUAGAA